GCCACCAGGGGGCCUCAGUCCCACAGUGGGACACCCAGCUCUGAGUUUGUUUUCAACCUGAACCGUCUAUCCUCAGUCAAGCUGUUCCACCCUGCCUCGUCUCCCUCCUCUUCUUCUCCUCCUCCUGCUCCUCUUUCUCCUCCCUCCUGGCCCCCACAGGCCCACCUGGACUCCCAGUCAGCCUUCUCCCUCCAUGAGGGGCGGGGGGAGGUGCCGGGGGCCCUGGAUGUGGCCCCGCAGCCUCUUCAUCUUACUUCACCUGGGAACCUCAGGGACCUGGGACAACAAACCUGCCAUGAUGUGUCAACUUUAACAGACCUUUGUUCAGACCUGCCGGAGUUGGAGAUAGUGAGCCUCCUGUCUGAGGGUCAGCCCAACUACACUCUUCGAGCAGACAGUGUGUUUGGAUAUGACAAUGAUGACUGGCUGCACACCCCUCUGCUGCCACCAGAAGUCGUUCUGGGACUCACACAUGAGCAGAUUGAAGAGACCCUGAAGUACUUCUUGCUGUGCUCAGACAGAGUGGGCCAGGUCACCAAGACAUAUCAUGACAUCAAGGCAGUCACCCACCUGCUGGAGGAGAAAGAGCGGGAUCUCGAGUUAGCAGCGCGGAUCGGUCAGUCCCUCCUGAAGCAGAACCAAGAACUGACGGCACGCAAUGAAAUGCUGGAUGAACAGCUUGAAAUAGCAAAGGAAGAGAUUGCUCAACUUCGUCAUGAGCUCACGAUGCGAGAUGACCUCCUUCAGUUCUACGCCAGCACUGAGGAGAUCGAGAACGCUGAAGCGCGCUCACCCAUAAAAAGGAACGAAUCAUGCAGUUCUCUCAGCAACUUCGUCCACUAUGACUUCCUGCAGCAGAAACUGAAGGGUUUAGAGGACGAGAACCGCAAACUGAGAUUAGAGGCCAACGAGCUCACAACCGAGACCACCAACUACGAGGAGCAAGAACAGGAGCUGAUGAUGGUGUGUGUGGAAGAACUCUCCACUGUCAAUAAGCAGGUGGUCGACUUGUCAGAGGAGCUAGCGAGGAAAGUAGAGGACUCUCUCCGACAGCAGGAGGAGAUCAGCUCACUGCUCGCUCAGAUUGUUGACCUGCAGGCCCGUUGCAAAGGGCUCACCCAUGAGAAUGAGGAGCUGAACCAAAACCUGAGUGCCUCCCGAGAGAGCCAGCUAAAACUUAAAUCAGAGCUCAAGGACCUGCAGGACAAGUACUCAGAGUGUGAGGACAUGCUCCGUGAGGCCCGAGAGGAUAUCAAAAACUUGCGGAAUAAGAGCUUACCCAACAGCACGGUGCAGCGGUACACUGCACUGGCCUCUGUCCUCCCCAUGGACUCACUGGCGGCCGAGAUUGAGGGCACCUUCCGCAAAGGCCUGGACACCCCAGCUCCCUCAGAGUACAGGAACCACCCGUGGCGUGUGUUUGAAACCGUGAAGGUGAUUAACAAGGCUGUGAGGCUGCGGUCUCGAUGCCACUCUCCGGGGCUGCCUGGCUCCAGCCCUGUGUCCACUCGCUCCAGUUGUACCAGCACCCCCCGAACCAGCUACUAUGGUUCAGAUAAUGCCAGCUUUACUCUGGAGGACAAGCCCAGCUCCAAUAAUGCUCAGAAAGAAGACAACAGUGGGCCAAAACGUCUGGGCCAGCCAGGCACACCGGGAGGCCAGGACCUCGAAGCCGCCUUGCGCAGCCUGUCAGCCCGCCAGCAGAACCACUCCUCUGAGCGGCCUUUCUUCGAUGUGGAACGUGAGCGUAAACUCCAUGCCUUGGCAGCAAACUGCGAGGAGGGUGAGGGCUCAAGUGGCUUCCUCACACCGAAUGACAGCCUGGCCUCGAGCCCACCAGCAUCGACGGGCACCAACUACUCCAAUGGCAGCUCACGGCACUCCUGUGGCUCCUCGGGAGGAUCCAGAUCCUACCUGCCCGACCGCCUGCAGAUCGUCAAACCUCUGGAAGGCUCGGUGACUCUGCACCAGUGGCAGCAGUUGGCCAAACCAAACCUGGGAGGCAUCCUGCAUCCACGUCCAGGCGUCCUGACUAAAGACUUCAGGGAGCUCGAGGUCGACAUACAGCACGUCUACAGUCUGAACGACCUGGAGGAGGAUGAACCCGACCUGUCGCACCUCUCUGGAGCACACGGCAUGGUCUCUCCAUCCGGUCCCAACCUCCCUCAGACCUCUCCCACACAUACCAUUACCACCUGCCAAGUCCUCCAACCCUCCCUCCUCAUCCCUUCCUCCUCCACUAGCCUUCACUCUUUCGGCCUGCCAUCUUGUCGGAACUGUGAGCUCGUGAGCACUUCAUCGCCAUCCCACCAGCAGUACUUCGGCCUGGGAAGCCGGACCACCACCACCACUACAAACGUAACCACUUCAUCACUUGGACUCCUGCAGCUGCUGCAAGAGCGCGGUAUCUCAGCCUCUCCUUAUCCUCACCACACCUUAAAUUACAACCUGAGUACAAAACCUUCACGCAUCACAGCAAAAGACAAAGGUGGAGGCUCAUCAUCGGACAAAGCGGGGCGAGGGAAUACUUUCAGUUUGAACUUGGUGGAAAAGCUUCAGCGUCUGGGGUUGCACAGAGUGGCGGCCUGGGGGAUGACGGGCCGCAAUGAAGCGGCGAGAGAGAAGCAGUCGCACAUGCUCUGAAAGUCUGAUGAGGGCCGGUCACCACUUAACUCCUUUCUCAUUCACCAUAGUGACUUUGCAUCCAGCCAUGUGAUUCCCACUGUGCAGUUCAGGGCACCACAGCUCUGGGGUCCUGAAAACAAAAGCCACAGAAUGUGCUAGAGCCAUACUUUAAGUUGUCUGUAGUGUACAGUAAUAUUCUUUUCUAUGAGUUUGUGUAUAGUAGUUGUGUGUGUGUUGUGUGCGUGACAUCUUCAUCUCAGGACAAUCACCUGUUCAACAGUCUGUCUGACUGCAGAAAGAGCUUCUUUUUACACAAAAAAGAAACAUCAUGAAGAAAAAAAUAUUUUUAUACUGUGUUUUGUGAUUGUCAUUUUACACAUUUUCCCUGCCAUCGGUUUUACAAAAACCUCAUCACCUGUCCUUUUUUUUGUUUCCAAAGUAGAAUAUCACUUACAUUGUGUGUAUAUAACAAAGUUGUCAUUUGGAAAAGUUAAAAAAAGACUAAGUGCAGUAAAUUAUUGUUAGUUGAAACCACAAACCAAACCACUGCUGUCACACUGGAGAACCUUGUAAUGCACUAAAAUACACUCUGGUCUUCCUGCUUAUUAGCUGCUACAUUGAGAAAAGCAUGUUGUAUAUAAGAUUGUCAAAUAUACUGAAUGAAACACUGAAAUUGAUCAAGAAGUAUUGCAAUGAUAUCUGCUCCAAACAGGGACAGAAGAUACAAUGACUGAGCUAUAAAAUGUUGAUAAUGUUGACAUCCUCUAGCUGUCUGCCCUACAGUUCAUCACCUGCUUUCACAUAGCACACGGUGUUAUGGCUGCAUGCUGUACAGCACCACCUGUCAGCUGCCUCUGACCGCGUGGACUUUAUUCUGAGCCAAACCUUUCACCAAAAACAAAUCAGGUGCAUCAAAGACAGUAAAGCAAUGUGUAUAUUUACUGUACUGCGUUGACUGAAUAUCUUGCUUGUACAAAUCUGCUGUAUUUCACAUCAUCAGGACUUUUGAAAUUGCUGGGACAUAAAUGAAAUCCAAACUGUUCAAAGUGAAUUCUCCUGUGGCGUUAAGGGUAAUUUAAAGACUAGUAGUAGAGUGUUUAAACAGAACGUUUCUUUGAAAUCUUUCUGAACAAUCAGCUGUAGCAAAAAGGCAUAGGAUACUGUGGAUUAAAAAGGGAAGAAAUCAUGAACACAGGUUGUAAUAAUUUGUGUUUUGACUUAAACAAACCAAACCACUGUUUCUCUGCACUACUGUUUGUUCUGUGUUAGCAUCACAGCUCUGUAUUAUGUCAGUGUGUGUAUACAUUACCACCUGUGAAUAAAACUUUGCAUUUCCAUCAGUA